AUGUCUGAGAAGAGAAGCUGUCAGAACUCCAGUAGGCUUAAGAAGCAGACAUUCUCCUGCUCCACAAAAGCCAAGCUGCACUUCCCUGUGAGCCAUAUGGACCGCCACCAGCAGGAAAACCACUCUGCCCAACAACUCAGCUUGUCCACCCCGGUUUUCCUCUCUGCCAUUCGCAAAUACGUGACCAACAACAUUCUGGAGCUGGUGGGCAACGAAUCCCACAACAACCGCAGGAUCCGGAGGGCAGUAGAUAACGCCGAGCAGCUCAGCCACCUCUUUGAGGAUGACAACCAAUUCUCAGGUUGA